AUGAAGAUCAAUUCACUUUGGCAGCGUAUACGUAACAGUAGAGAGGACGAAAAUGACAUUCUGCCAGCACCUCACGUGGAAGGUCAGCUUCAUAGAAAUCUGAAGGAACGACACAUGACCAUGAUUGCACUGGGUGGCACUAUUGGAACUGGACUAUUUCUCGCAUCUGGUCAAGCACUGGCGUCAUCAGGCCCUGCUGGGGUUCUUGUAUCUUAUGUGAUCGUUUCCAUCAUGGUGUAUUUUGUCAUGACAAGUCUAGGAGAACUUGCAACUCACCUGCCGAUCAGUGGCUCGUUCAAUACCUAUGGUAGUCGAUUCGUAGACGAAGCAUUUGGCUUUGCAUUAUCGUACAACUAUUACUUUUCGUGGGUGGUUACAAUCGCAGGUGAACUGGGUACUGAAGCAGUGGGCAUUGCGGCAGGUGAAAGCGCUAAUCCAAAACGAGACGUACCCCGCGCCAUGAACCAGGUCAUUUGGCGAAUUAUUUUGUUCUUUAUCGGUACAAUCAUAGUCAUGGGUCUCAUCAUUCGAUACGAUGAUCCACGUCUUUCCAACAUACAUGGUGUCCAGAGUGUUGCCGUAUCACCCUUCACACUGGUGUUUCUGAGCGCUGGUUGGACUCCGGCUGUGCACAUUAUGAACGCUGUUAUUCUAACUACUGUCUUAUCUGCUGGCAACUCUGGUCUAUACUUGUGCACGCGUAUUCUCUGGACACUGGCAAUGGAAGGCAAAGCACCCCAAAUAUUUUGUCGCCUCACUAAGGGCGGAAUUCCUAUUUGGUGUCUUGCACUUACGACCGUGCUUGCAACUAUCUUUUUCGGUUUAUCCUUCAUUGGCAAUCAGAUAGUCUACCAGUGGCUUGUAAACCUGAGUGGUGUGAUGGGUUUCAUUGCCUGGUUCGGUAUUGCGCUGUCACACUGGCGAUUCCGUCGGGCAUAUAUUGCACAAGGAUACGCACUGGAAGAUCUUCCUUAUAAAGCACUCUUCUAUCCAUUCGGACCCAUUUUCGCAUCUAUCCUUAUCUUUGUGGCCGUCUUCGGACAAGGAUACACAUCAUUUACCACUCAUCCUUUCAAUUUCAAUAGCUUCUUGUCUGCUUACAUCUCAAUACCUGUCUUCUUAAUUCUGUUUGGCAUCUACAAGUUUGUAAAGAAGACACGCUUUGUGCCUCUCCGAGAAAUCGACCUAAUGACUGGUAGUCUCAGAGAACGCGAAGAGCAACAAAAGGUUCACCCAUAUAUAGUAGUGGUGGCUGAUAGAGCACCUUCUGAUAUCGACCUUUGA